AUGCCACCACCCUGGUCUGCCCCGGAGCGCAUCGACCUCAUCCACAAGAACUACCGCAAGCUCUGCAACCUGCUCAUCGAUGUGGAGGAGUGGGGGCAGGUGGUCAUCAUCAACAUGCUGACCCGCUACGCACGCACCCAGUUCCUCAGCCCCAACCAGAAUGAGUCCUUGCUGGAGGAGAGCGCCGAGAAGGCUUUCUACGGCUCUGAGGAGGAGGAUGCCAAGGACGCCAAGGCGGAGGCGGCCUCGUUGGCCAAGCGCAAGCCCUACGUCAUGGACCCCGACCACCGCCUGCUCCUGCGCAACACCAAGCCCCUGCUGCAGAGCCGCAACGCCGCGGUGAGGCCCCUGCCCCAGCCCUGUCCAGCCCCGGAGGCCACCAGUGGUGCCCGUCAGACGGGGCUCGUGAUGUCCCCGCUGGCCAAGGAGCCACCGGGGUGCUCGAGGGACUCCCAGGGCUUGGCGUCCCCAGGGAUGGGCUUCCUCUAG